AUGGGGAAACAGGCUCGGAGGGAAGGGGCUUUGCCUGGGUCGUUAACGAUGCCCUGCGUGGCUGGUAGGGAGUUUGUGUUCCCCCGACCUCAGGCCUCAGCUCCUCCUGUGACCGCUCACAGGUGCACAGAGCGGCCUCUGUGUACUGCAGGCCUGGGUUCGUGUCCUGCCUGGGACGGUUUCUAGCUGUGACCCUCUUGGAUCCUACUUGUCUCUGAAGACGUGGCACUUAUCAAGUGCUCAGUAAAUGCUAGUCUGGACCUUUGUAUGGCAGUAAAAGGGAACACUAAUUUUAAAGCUUGAAGUUCAAGUCAUGUGUGACGGUUUAAAUAUAAAAUUGUCAGUGUUUUAGCUGGCAAUUUAUGCUGAUGGCUGGAAUUAUGGGUUAAAUCGGGGGGAAAUUUUCAGCAUACAAAUCAAUUACAAUACAUGGAAAAAUGUCAGAAGCAAAGCUCCCAAGCAAAGGCAAUCUCCUGCCCCUUGUAACAUUAUUUAAGAGCAAGUAACAUGGGGUCCCUGUCCCAGGUCCUUGAUAUUCAUUGACUAAUGCACCGUUUGCAAUGGGGUGGUGUGAUUCCCCCAUUUUAUGAAUGAGGAAACUGAAAUUCAGAAAUAAUGACUUGCCUAAGAUCACACACACUGGGUCAGACACAGACCUGUCCUACCCCCAAAUCUGUGCCCUGACCUACCACCAGCCUAUUAGUAGAGACUGAGCUACUGGCUCAGCCUAUGUCAGCUAAAAAGGAAGAAAACAUAACUGGUCAAGACAAGAAGAAUAAAAAAGAUGGGUGAGGGUCUAAAUGGAGUCAAGGGAGUGACAGAACAAGAGCAUGCCCUUUCUCAGGCAGCAGAUUGGUGGAAGUGGGGGGUGGGUAUCACUCAAGGUUCAACUGCUUUCCUGUUCCCUCUCCCAGGGUGGCAACCACAUCUAAGGACAACAGCCAUUAGAGCCUGUGACCUCUCCAUUUCCAUCCAGCUAGGGCCAGGGACCACUCUCAGCACCAGCCUCAGCAGCUGACAUCAUAAGGGAGACUUGGGAACCUGCGAGCACUCUGGAGAGCCUUUCCCAACGACAUGGAGCUUUGGGGCCGAAUGCUGUGGACCUUCCUUUCUGGCCCAGGGAGGAGGGGAGGCACCUUCAGCUCAUGGCAACCCCAUUUGCCUCUGUCUGGGCUGUCAUGUGCCACAGAACUGGUCAGCCACUGGACAGGGGUCUUUGAAAAGAGAGGUAUCCCUGAGGCCCGGGAAUCCAGUGAGUACAUUGUGGCUCAUGUCCUUGGAGCCAAAACAUUUCAGAACCUGAGGCCGGUACUUAGGACCCAGCCCCUGACCCCUCAGCAAUUAAAGUGCAUCCGAGAGCUGAGUAGCUGCCGAUUGCAGAGGAUGCCUGUGCAGUAUAUACUUGGGGAGUGGGACUUUCAGGGGCUCAGUCUGAAGAUGGUGCCUCCAGUGUUCAUUCCUCGGCCAGAGACAGAGGAACUGGUUGAAUGGGUGCUGGAGGAGGUAGCCCAGAGAUCCCAUGCAGUGGGAGUCCAGGGCGGCCCCCUCAUUCUAGAGGUGGGCUGUGGAUCGGGAGCUAUCUCCCUUAGCCUGCUGAGCAAGCUCCCCCAGAGCCGAGUCAUUGCUGUGGAUAAGGGGGCGGCCGCCAUUUCUCUGACAUGUGAGAAUGCUCAGAGGCUUCAGUUGCAGGACAGGAUUUGGAUCAUCCCCCUCGAUGUGACCUUAGAAGGGAGUUGGACACACCUUUUGCCCUGGGGCCCUGUGGACCUGGUCAUCAGCAACCCUCCCUACAUCUUCCACCAGGACAUGGAGCAGCUGGCCCCCGAGAUCCGCAGCUAUGAAGACCCAGCGGCCCUGGAUGGUGGGGAAGAGGGCAUGGACGUCAUUACUCACAUCUUGGCCCUGGCACCCCAGCUCCUGAAGGACUCUGGAAGCAUCUACUUGGAAGUGGAUCCGAGGCACCCGGAGCUUGUCAGCAGGUGGCUUCAGAGCCAUCCUGACCUAUACCUCCAUCUCGUGGCUGUGCGCAGGGACUUCUGUGGGAGGCCCCGGUUCCUGCAUAUCCAGCGGUCUGGGCCGUAGCUGUUCUGUGGGCCUGGCCAGGGGCCCAGCCUGCCCAAGGGCUUGGGCGAUCCUUCUGGAACUGCUGCUCGGAGGGAACUGGAUGGUGCUUUCCAGGUGCUUACGGCAUUUCCUGUGGUUCUGUGAUUCUCCAUGUUCUACACUUCUGGGACACUUAAGGGUAGAAAUAAGGGUGAGGGUGUCCUUCCUGAGGUGGCAAAGAGCAGGGACAUCCACAGUGUGGCUCAGGAGCUGGGCAGACCCAGCUUCCCAAUCUGGCUCCAUCGCAUCAGUGAGGCCAAGGGCAGAUUGCUCAGGGUCUCUGUUGGUGAAAUUGCUGUGGGGGUAUUAGGAUACUUGGCCAGUAAAGUAUUGGGAAACUGA